GAGUUUGUCAUGUGCUGACAGCUGAACGCUUAAAAACAAUUUAAAUCAAAGUUCUUCUCUACUUUGACACGAUCAUCAUUUAAACUUCUAUCUUGUAUUGUUUACAUUCAAAAAGAAUAUACAAAAAAAAGGGCAAAUCUAGUGAGAAAUUUAGUUCCAAAAUCAAAAUGAAUCCUGCGGCAGCUAUUCUCCACAUGGCUUCCCUGUAUGUCGGAGAUCUUCAUCAAGAUGUCACCGAAAAAAUGCUGUUCGAGAAAUUCUCUAUCUGUGGGACAGUGAUUUCAAUAAGGGUUUGCAGAGAUAUGGUGAAAAGGAGAUCGCUGGGAUACGCCUACGUCAAUUUCCAGCAACCAACAAAUGCCAAGAAAGCGAUUGAAAUGCUAAACUUUGAACCAAUAAUGGGACGACCCAUAAGAAUUAUGUGGUGGCAGAGAGAUCCCUCUCUUCGUAAGUCUGGGGUGGGAAACAUCUUUAUUAAGAACCUGGAUAAAAGUAUUGAUAACCGAGCUCUGUAUGACACCUUUUCUUUGUUUGGUAAUAUUUUAUCCAGUAAAAUUGUAUCGGAUGAAAACGGUUCAAAGGGAUACGGGUUUGUGCAUUUUGAGAGUGAAGAUGCUGCUGCCUGUUGUGUUCAGAAAACAAAUGGAAUGUUACUUAACGGCAAGAAAGUGUUUGUAGGAAAAUUUAUUCCACGCAGGGAGAGGAUGCACCAACUGGCCGAAAAAGGAUUUACUAAUGUGUAUGUUAAAAAUUUUGGCGAUAGCUUCAACGACGAAUCUCUCCGUAAACUAUUCGAAAAGUACGGCAACGUCAUCAGCGCUAAAGUUAUGACAGAUAGCUCCGGUAAGUCAAAAGGAUUCGGUUUUGUUAACUUCAAUAACCAAGAGGAUGCUAAGAAAGCUACCAGUGAAAUCAAUGGGAUGGAGAUUAAUGGAAAGCAGUUAUAUGCUGGUAGGGCUCAGAGCAAGACUGAAAGACAAGCUAUUUUAAAAGAAAAUUUCCAGACGCUAAGCAAUCGAGGAAACAGGAGCAGGAUCGGCCACUACCAAGGUCUCAAUCUAUACAUUAAAAAUCUUGAUGAUUCCAUCGAUGAUGAACGACUUCGUUACCAUUUCUCUAAAUACGGUGCCAUUACAAGCGCAAAAGUUAUGAUGAUAAACGGCCGUUCUAAGGGAUUUGGAUUUGUCUGUUUUUCCGCGCCAGAAGAAGCGACCGAGGCUGCUCUGAAUAUGAAUGGCAGAAUUAUUGAUACCAAACCAUUGUAUGUAGCUUUGGCUCAACGCAAGGAAGAGCGCAGGGCCCAGCUGUCUUCGCAGUUCUUUCAGAGAUAUGCCAAUGGAUUAAGUCAAAAUUAUUGGGCAUAUUAAACCUAUGACGGAAUUGCAGAGUUAAGACAAAUAAAACAACAAGAAAAAAUGUUACUAUGAAUCUGUUCCAGAAGGAGCUAUUCUCUGCCAUAACUAAAGUGGUAGGCUGCUGAACAGCUUCCGGAUGUGACCUGGUUAGGAUCGACAGCCUUUACUUCUUUGUUGUCACAGAGUUUCACCAAGGCAUGAACUUACUUAACAGGUGAAUUUGAAUCCAGCUCAUAUUCUCAUUAGGAAUUACUCAGAGUUCGGAGUUUGACGGAACACAAUGCAUGUUGAAAAAAAAAUACCAAUAAAUAUUAUAUCAUUAAAAAU